UCUUCGAACCAAUAAGAAAGAAGGAAAGAAAGCAAGAAAAAGAAAAAAGAAAAGGCGCCAUGGAAGCUAUACUCACAGACUGUGUUCAAAACAGUCUCCGCCAUUUCAUGUUCAAAAACGCCAUCUUCCUUUGCGACCGUCUUUGUGCUGAGUUCCCUUCCGAGAUGAAUUUGCAGUUGUUAGCUGCUAGCUACUUGCAGAACAAUCAAGCUUACUCAGCGUAUUAUAUUCUAAAGGGAAUGCAAACAAGUCAAUCCCGUUAUUUGUUUGCGAUAUCAUGCUUUCAGAUGGAUCUACUUAAUGAAGCUGAAACGGCUUUAUGUCCUAGUAAUGAGCCUGGUGGAGAGAUUCCAAAUGGUGCAUCUGGUCAUUAUCUUCUUGGCCUUAUUUACAGGUACACAGAUAGAAAGAGAAGUGCUAUUCAUCAUUUUAGGCUGGCUUUGUCUAUAGAUCCUUUACUUUGGUCUGCAUAUGAGGAGUUGUGUAUAUUAGGUGCUGCUGAAGAAGCAACUGUGGUUUUUGGGGAAGCAGCUGCUCUUUGCAUUGAAAAGCAGCACUUCUAUCUUGGGUUAGCCUCCCCAAAUUUGCAUGUGGCGAGUGAGGGUUGUAAUCUGGUUUCUUCCCUGAACUUUAGUUCAGAAGAUGUCAGUCCUAGGCAACUGAAAAACACACAAGUGAAUAGCUUUAGAGACAUCCCCAGUAAUCAUCAUGGAGCAGCAAUAUCUGCUUCACAGCCCCAUAAUGGUGGUGGUCCUUCAAAUAUAUCACUUUAUAAUACUCCUUCACCAUUGGCUUCACAGUUGUCAGGAGUUGUUCCACCACCUUUGUGUAGAAAUGCACAGCCAAAUGGUUCCAAUCUCAACACAGUUAAUGCUGAUGGUUCUCCAAAGUCAGUGGUGAACUCUCUUGUUCAAGCCCCUCGAAGAAAGUUUGUUGAUGAAGGAAAAUUACGAAAGAUUUCUGGGAGGCUAUUCUCCGAAUCUGGUCCCCGUCGAAGUACAAGACUUGCUGGAGAUGCUGGGGUCGACACAAAUGCAAAUACCACAGGAGUAGAUGGAAAUGGGACUAGCUCUUCUAAAUACCUUGGAGCUAAGUUGAGUUCUGUCGCUUUUCGUACUGUGACAGUUCGUAAUUCUCAAUAUUUGGCGAACGAUAAUAUUGAAGAAGCAAAUUCAAGUUCAUCUCCUGGUGAUGUUAGAUCCCUUGACCAAGAUGGACCUACUGUUCCAGUUGGUGGGGUUGCUAUUAGCAGAUCAAAAGUUAGCAGCGGCGUUUCUGAAGUUUUAGGCCUUAUAAAAACCCUUGGGGAAGGCUAUAGGCUUUCUUGCCUGUAUAGGUGUCAGGAUGCACUGAAUACCUUUCUAACACUUCCACUUAGGCAUUAUAAUACAAGCUGGGUGCUGUCCCAGGUUGGGAAAGCACAUUUCGAAUUGGUUGAUUACUUAGAAGCUGAUCGGGUAUUUAGUCUUUCCCUUCGAGUGUCUCCUUACAGUUUAGAAGGAAUGGAUAUUUACUCCACUGUUCUAUACCAUUUAAAGGAAGAUAUGAAGUUGAGUUACCUAGCGCGGGAACUGAUAUCAACUGACCGCUUAGCUCCUCAAUCAUGGUGUGCCAUGGGAAACUGUAACAGCUUGCAGAAAGACCACGAAACAGCUCUGAAAAAUUUCCAACGAUCUGUGCAACUGAAUACAAGAUUUGCAUAUGCCCACACCCUUUGUGGUCAUGAGUAUGUUGCUUUAGAGGAUUUUGAGAAUGGAACCAAGAGCUACCAGGAUGCCCUUCAGAUCGAUUCAAGGCAUUACAAUGCCUGGUAUGGUCUAGGAAUGAUCUUUCUUCGCCAAGAGAAGUUUGAGUUUUCCGAGCAUCACUUUAGAACUGCUUUCCACAUAAAUCCACGUUCUUCUGUUAUAAUGUCUUAUCUUGGAACCGCUCUCCAUGCCUUAAAGAGAAGUGAAGAUGCCAUCAAGAUAAUGGACUGCGCGAUUUUUUCAGACAGAAAAAACCCGCUUCCGAUGUAUCAAAAGGCUAACAUACUGAUGAGUCUGGAGAAAUUUGAUGAAGCUCUUGAAGUUCUACAGGAACUUAAAGAGUAUGCCCCUCGUGAAAGCAGUGUAUAUGCUUUGAUGGGUAAAAUCUAUAAGCGACAAAACAUGCACGAAAAAGCCAUGCUUCAUUUCGGUAUUGCUUUGGAUUUAAAGCCAUCUGCAACCGAUGUUGCUACGAUUAAGGCUGCCAUCGAGAAGUUACAUGUACCGGACGAAUUAGAAAAUUAACCUGUAAAUCGAACUGAGUUUUCAAGAAGCAAAGAGGAAGGGCUCAAAAACAUGCUUGUCCAGAAAGAGUGGCCCGCUUGUGCUUUCAGGUCGUGCUUGAAUAAAACGGUACGUUGCACAAUAGAUCGGUGGAAACCUGGUUAGGAAUACAUGCAGCAGCUCGAUUAGAGUUGGUAUUCAGACCAUACAAGAUUAUCUAAAGGUAUGUUGCUUUGACUGGGGUUGUUCUCGAACAGGGCAUCGGAUAAGGGUACUUAAAGAAAGCACGUAAAGAAAAAUGAAAAGUCAAGAGUUUUGAGAUGGACUUCAAUCCAUAUUAUCUAUAAUUAGAACACUUUUGACAAUAACACUUACUUGGGAGGAUUGUUUUCGGACUUGCAAGUGGGUAAACAUUCGACAAGACAGUCAUGACUCGGCUCAACAAAGUAUGCAAUCUGUAAUCAGAAACAACAGACAUAAACCAUAGUUAUAUGUUAUGUCAUAUGCUGUUGAUAUA